AUGACCUCUUGGCUCUUUGUGGCAAUACGUGAAGACGGUCUCGAAGAUCCGGAGACCCACAAUCCGAUCGCACUCAAUGAGUUGAAAUCCCACGCCACAAGGUUUGCUCACGCUAGAAAUAGGCAGAAGCGACUGACCGCUCUCAAGGGAAGCUUGACCCGUUUCCCCGUUGCGCAACUCUCGCAGAGUCAACGAGAGAUCAAAAGUCCGAUCAAGGUGCAUCAACGUGUAUUGCAUCCGCGACCGAGGAAGCUGGAAAAGAAUGGACUGGACGACAACAUUACCCAUCUCCCCAUGGUUCCAGGCCAGGGCAAGCCCGAACCCUUCUGCUCACCUCUUGUUCAUGAACUCCCACCAAUCAUGCAGAAUGCUCUUGAAUAUACGUAUGAGGUGCUUUGGCCCAAAAACAGUCCAGCGUUGCAUGGUGAAUUACUAAGGCCGACCAUCAACUUAUGGCGGAGAGGCGCAAUGGAAUCACCGCUUGAGUUCUACAGCCAAGUCUCCAACGCCGCAACCCUCUGUCUGGCUUUAUCUACUGACUCAGCAGUCAUGAGAACGCUGUCUACACUCCGGAUAUUUUACCAGAGCCGAGCCAUUGCUCUCAUCCAGGAAGAACUAAAUCAACUAUCUAGGCCUCCCUCCAGUGCUCUCAUCACCUGUAUCAUGAACGUACACGGCCAGGGGGCGCAGAUGUUCGAGUCAUUGCCCAACCCAUCUGUCCCUGAGUCGCCCAUCUUUAAAGCGUUCAAUCUCAAAGAGUACGGCAGAUUCGCGCCGCCCCGUGCGCACUUUCCUGCCCUGGUUCUGCUUGUUCGCCAAAGGGGGGGCCUUGGCUCCCUUCCUCCUAGGGUAGCCAAUCCGUUGCAACUAGCCGACAUCUGUGCUGGAAACAUAUCCUUAACCACACCGACAUUCCCAUUACUCUCAUCCAUAGCCGAGGCGGCAGAUCGUGAGAAGGUCGUAUUCGAUGAAAAGGCAACCCAAUUACUAUCGACCCUGGGUACUGGAUUCCGACUUCGCAAAUACGGCAAUGACUACGAGCUCAGCCAGCUCUUGUCAAGUGCAUGUCGCCUGAUCGCGGCCAUCGAUGAGUCUCAGCGCGGUGCACCGGGCUGCUAUCCAUUACCAUCUCUAUCUGUGAAAGCCAUUGCAUUGCAACACCGCAUGCUAAGCCUCUCCACUCCAUCACCACCGACAGAUCUCGUUUUUGGGGAUUUGGACGACUGCAUCUUCCAGAUCGUGCGCCUGACAACAUUCAUCUUCAGCGAUUUCGUCUUCUUCCCAACGGCGGAAGUCCGAAACGGACGACAUCGACUGGCAACAAUACUAAAGGACCACCUGACCAUCUACUUCGGACUCCAGUCCGCCCAGUUCCCUGGGUUGACGCUCGGUUUUGAACAUGACCAUUUAAUCCUUUGGGCGCUGGUCCUCGGCGGCGCUGCCUCCUCCAGCACCAGCAGCCGGGAAUGGUACGUGUUGCAGAUUUUCGAACGCGUCUCGGCUCAGCAGGUCACUUGGGAUGAGCUACAAACCAUCCUGCGGAGGUUUUUGUACUACGACUAUGUACUCGAUAGGUCGGUCACCAAUCUUUGGGUCGAGGUGUCUCAGUCCUUACAGGCGGAGGCGGAUUUGGAUGUGGGUCUUUUGAAUGCUGGGUAUAGCAACUGGUAG